AUGAAGCCUAUGUUACAUACAUGGGGUUUUCGUUGGGUUUUAUUAACUUUUAUAUUUGCAACAUUUAAUGUACAAUACACAACUACAACUUGGCCGAUAUUACACUUUUCAACAAUUCAACUGUUAGGUCUUUUUAAAGAUGCACCAGAAGACACGCCUAAACCAAAGGAAUCAUCGUUUCAUUGUCGUGCUAUGUUUAAAGCUGCAAUAGUUCUAUCACAGCAAUAUAAUAUAAAAAUUGAUGGACAAUAUAUUGGAGGGCAGGUAGCACAAACUGGUGGUUAUCCCAUAGGUGCUAUUAGCACUACAUGUUCAAUAAUGUCUAAUUUCAACAUUGUUGGUAUGGUUGGACCGACAUAUUCGAGAGAAGCUCAUAUUAUUGCUCAAUAUGCUGAAUCAGUUGGUAUUCCUGCAAUAUCAUAUACUGCAACUGAUCCUGAAUUAUCUGAUCGAAAUGCAUAUCCGGCUUUUUAUCGCACAGUUCCUUCGGAUGCUACUGCUGCAUCAUCAAUUGUAGAAUUAUUCAAGCGAUUUAAUUGGACAUCUUGUAUAAUUAUCUACCAAAAUGAUGCAUUUGGAUCAGGUGGCGCUGAAGCAAUAAGUCAUGCAUUUAGUGAAAAUAACUUGAUAGUCAGUCAAACAGUAAUAUUUGACCUUGCGACAGUGAAUAUUCGAAGUGACUUAACAGAUCUUUUGUCUAGCAGUUCAACACGAAUUGUACUACUAUGGGUAGAAAGCAAUUAUACACCGUUAGUUUUACAACAUGCACUUGAUUGUGGUGUUCUCGGACCUCAUUUCACAUGGAUAUUACGAUCAAAAAUUUCAUUAGAAUUUUUCAAUCCAAUCUCAUAUCCAAAUUUAAUAGGAAUGCUUUCUAUAGAAUCCGUAGCAGGAAAUCUUGUUAGUGCACCAAUUAAUACAUCAUUAUUAAAUGCAGCCUAUCAAAUCUGGCAGCAAUAUGAACCUGAAACAUUUCCUGGGCCAAUGAAAGUGAAUUACUAUGCACUUUUUGCAUUCGAUGCAACCUGGACAUUAAUUCAAUCAUUGCAGAAACUUUGUUCCAGCUAUACAAAUCAUUCCUCGUCGUGUAUAUCAGUCGUCAAUAGCUCGUCGUGUUUUGAUCGUCGUUUUCUUCAGAGUAAUUCACUUUUCAAUGCACUUAAUAAUAUAGAAUUUCUUGGUGUAUCUGGUCCAAUAAAAUUUGGUGCCAACUCAACAGAUAGAAUAGAUGGGAUUUAUUAUGUUAUACAAAAUGUUCAGCCGUCUGUUAACGGUGUAGAUUUUUUGCCCGUAUUGCAAUGGUCUCGUUCUAAUAAGUGGACAACGUAUACACUAGCAGAUGUUAUUGUAUGGCCUGGUAAUACAUUAACACUUCCCACUGGUUUUGCUGGACUUGCAGGUGUCAAGUUGCACAUUUGUGUUAUUGAAUCAGUGCCAUUUACGAUACGAACAAAUAUCUUGGAACAGAAUACGAAGAAAUUAGUUGGUUAUAUACCUGAUCUUAUUGAUAUUUUACAAAGUAAGAUGGGAUUUAUUCCUCAUAUUAUAUUAGCAUCAUCGAAUAAAACUUAUAAUGGGUUAAUACAAGACGUCGAAAAUGGUUUUUGCCAUUUAGUAGUCGGUGAUAUUACUAUUACUGCUAGAAGAAGAGAAAUAGUCGAUUUUUCUAGUUCAAUAUUUGAUAGCUCUCUACGCAUUGUUAUUCGGCAAACGACUUCUAUUAAUGUAGAUCUUUUUUCAUAUCUAAGACCGUUUUCAUCUACUCUAUGGUUGCUAGUUUUAGUUGGUAGUAUUUAUGCUGGUAUCUUGCUAUGUCUAUUGGAAAGAACCACAAACGAAGCAUUGAAAAAUAAAUCUAUAAUUUCGUCUGCUGCAAUGAGUAUGUGGUAUUCUGUUAGUACAAUUAUGGGAUAUGGUGCAGAUUUUCAUGUUCAGACAGCUGCUGGACGAUUAUUAACUGUAGGUCUACAUAUGUUGAGUUUAGUAUUAGUAGCAACAUAUACAGCAAAUUUAGCGUCUGAUUUAACAACAUUAAAAUCGAAUUAUUUUAUUUCUGGAAUUGAUGAUAUUAUAAAUGGAAAAAUACCUUAUAGUCGUAUUGGUAUUGUUAUUGGAUCAUCGUUGGAAGAUUUUUAUUUACGUGAAAUUUCUCACGGUAGUAGAAAUUUUUAUCCAUUAAAAUCACUUCAGGAUUUAUAUAUCAGCUUAUUAAAUAAUAAUAUUGAUGCAGCAAUUUCGGAUACUGCUAUUUUAGAAUAUAUAACGAACAAAGUCUAUUGUAAUUUAUCUCUUGUUGGGGCUGAUUUUAGUCGUAGUGAAUAUGGUAUUGUAAUUCCUAAACAAUGGAUAUUUCAAAAAGAUUUAGAUGUCAUUAUAUUAUCAUUAAGAGAAUCAGGUGUUCUUGAUGAUUUAAAAAGAAAAUGGUUUGAAGGAAGUCUUUGUCAACAGUCGUUUUCAUCUUAUACAUAUACAAGUAUGAAUAUUACAGCAAUGAGUGGUUUACUUUUUACUUUUGCAACCAUUAGUAUUCUAUCAUUGGUAUUAUAUGCAUGGACAAACCGAUUUAUUAUAAAAAGUUUUCUAUGUAUAUUAGCACGUGGAAAGGAUCCUUCGAUUCAAGAAUAG